CCGGUCUGCUAACGCUCCAUGGCAUAUGCCAUGGGAAAAACCGUUGUCGAGAAGCCAUCCAAAGUGGUUCCUCUUGCUUCGCCCACGCGCCUUGGUUCCGUGUUCUGUGCUCGGCGAAUCCAGGUGGAUCUUUCCGUUCAUCCAAGGGUCAGAUCAUCCGAGGGGGCCAUUGAACUUUUCUGCCCAUCACCGACACUGGGGCGCGCCCACCCCCCCUGCAAAAUUUCCGGCGCUCAGGUGAUUGAACCAUUGAGGUACACGGUCGUUCCACUGGCCAGGGCGC